GAGCCAUGGAACCCCCGGCCGCCCCCUCGGAAAGGAGCCUGUCUCUCUCUCUCCCCGGGCCCCGAGAGGGCCAGGCCACCCUGAAGCCGCCCCCCCAGCACCUGUGGCGGCAACCGAGGACCCCGAUCCGCAUCCAGCAGCGCGGCUACUCGGACAGUGCCGAGCGCUCAGAGCCGGAGCGCUCGCCGCACCGGCCCAUAGAGCGCGCCGACGCCGUGGACACUGGUGACCGGCCAGGCCUGCGGACUACCCGCAUGUCCUGGCCCUCGUCCUUCCACGGCACUGGUACCAGCGGAGGAAGCAGCAGGCGCUUGGAGGCAGAAAAUGGGCCAACACCAUCCCCUGGGCGCAGCCCCCUGGACUCGCAGGCGAGCCCAGGGCUUGUGCUGCAUGCUGGGGCAGCCACCAGCCAGCGCCGAGAGUCCUUCCUCUAUCGCUCAGACAGUGACUAUGACAUGUCACCCAAGACUAUGUCCAGGAACUCAUCUGUCACCAGCGAAGCGCACGCUGAAGACCUCAUUGUGACACCAUUUGCCCAGGUGCUGGCCAGUCUUCGCAGCGUUCGAAGCAACUUCUCACUCUUAACCAAUAUGCCCAUCCCCAGCAACAAGCGGUCCCCACUGGGCGGCCCACCCACUGUCUGCAAGGCCACGCUGUCAGAGGAGACAUGCCAGCAGCUGGCCCGGGAGACCCUGGAAGAGCUAGACUGGUGUUUGGAGCAGCUGGAGACCAUGCAGACCUACCGCUCUGUCAGUGAGAUGGCCUCGCACAAGUUCAAAAGGAUGCUGAACCGUGAACUCACACACCUGUCGGAAAUGAGCAGGUCAGGAAACCAGGUCUCAGAGUACAUUUCCACAACAUUCCUGGACAAGCAGAACGAAGUGGAGAUCCCAUCACCCACAUCACGACAGAGAGCCUUCCAGCAGCCCCCACCACCAGUGGUACGACAGUCUCCACCCAUGUCCCAGAUCACAGGGUUGAAAAAGCUGGUGCACACUGGAAACAUAAACACCAGUAUCCCACGAUUUGGAGUCAAGACUGAUCAAGAAGAGCUCUUAGCACAGGAACUGGAGAACUUGAGCAAAUGGGGCCUGAACAUCUUUUGUGUGUCGGAGUACGCUGGAGGACGCUCACUGGGCUGUAUCAUGUAUACAGUAUUCCAGGAGCGGGACCUGCUGAAGAAAUUCCGCAUCCCUGUGGACACUAUGGUGACUUACAUGCUGACCCUGGAAGACCACUACCAUGCUGACGUGGCCUACCACAACAGCCUGCAUGCAGCCGAUGUGCUCCAAUCCACACAUGUGCUGCUGGCCACCCCCGCACUAGAUGCUGUAUUCACAGACCUGGAGAUUCUUGCCGCCCUCUUUGCUGCUGCCAUCCACGAUGUGGACCACCCUGGCGUCUCCAACCAGUUCCUUAUCAACACCAAUUCGGAGCUGGCGUUGAUGUACAACGAUGAGUCUGUGCUUGAGAACCACCAUCUGGCUGUGGGAUUCAAGCUGCUGCAAGAAGAGAACUGCGACAUCUUCCAGAACCUCAGCAAGCGCCAGCGGCAGAGCCUGCGCAAGAUGGUCAUCGACAUGGUACUGGCCACAGACAUGUCCAAACACAUGACCCUCCUGGCUGACCUGAAGACUAUGGUGGAGACGAAGAAAGUAACCAGUUCGGGAGUUCUCUUGCUGGACAACUACUCCGACCGCAUCCAGGUCCUCAGGAACAUGGUGCACUGUGCUGACCUCAGCAACCCCACCAAGCCCCUGGAGCUCUAUCGACAGUGGACUGACCGCAUCAUGGCUGAGUUCUUCCAGCAGGGUGACCGGGAACGGGAGCGUGGAAUGGAGAUUAGCCCCAUGUGUGACAAGCACACAGCCUCUGUGGAGAAGUCUCAGGUGGGCUUCAUUGACUACAUUGUCCACCCAUUGUGGGAGACGUGGGCAGAUCUUGUCCAUCCUGAUGCCCAAGACAUCCUGGACACAUUGGAAGACAACAGGGAUUGGUAUCACAGUGCCAUCCGGCAGAGCCCUUCCCCACCCCCAGAAGAGGAGCCGGGAGGUCUUGGCCAUCCAGCACCACCUGACAAGUUCCAGUUUGAGCUCACAUUGGAGGAGGAGGAGGAGGAGGAUUCCUUGGAGGUUCUGGGAUUGCCCACAGCUGAGGAAAUCUUCCUGGUUCCAGAUGACAUCACAGCUCAGGCUACAGAACAAUCAAAGGUAUCUCUGAAGCAGGGGACAGAUCUAGCAUGUGCUGCUCCCAAGGAGUCUGUGGAGUCUGUGUGCUGCUCCUUCAGCCCUGGAACCUCCAUUCUGCCUGACUUGAGGACACUGUCCCCCUCAGAGGAGGCCCCGGGCCUCCUGGGCCUCCCCUCCAUGGCGGCAGAGGCGGAGGCCCCAAGAGACCAUGUGGCUGCCUCCAGGGCUUAUGCCUGCUCUGGGACAUCAGGAGACAAUUCUGCCAUCGUCUCAGCUACAGGCAGGUUGGGGUCAGGUGGGGACCCAGCCUGAGCCCUGUUCCCUUCACGUAUGGGUCCUCCCUCCUCCCUUCUGUCUUCACUCACCAUGGACCACCUCGACGACUCCUGGCCCUCCUGAGAAAAAAAGAAAACAGAAAAGUGGGGGUUUUCUCUUUUCUUUUUUUUACCCUUCCCCGCUGCCCUUACCCACAGGGCUUUUUGUGGAGGUGGGGUCUGGGGAGCCAGGAACUGAAGUCCCCAAAAAAGGGAUUUUAUUUUUUGAAUUUUAAUUGUAACGUUUUUAGAAAAAGAACAAAAAAAAAAAAAAAAAAAAAAAAGAAAGAAAGAAAGAAAGAAACACAGCAACUGUAGAUGCCACCACCUCCCCAUUCCUGGUUCCCCUUAUUUCCCUCCUCCCUGCACCCCACCCAUCAUGUCAACCUCAAGUCCAAGGCGCCAUCUUCCUGCCUAUCUUGAGACUUACUCCUUGAUACUCAAGUCUAGGCAUGGCGCUGCCCUUUGGGCUGUCCUUCUGGGGUCCAGAGGGAGUCUAGAACCAUAUUGGGAAUAGCAGCAGGGAGAGCCACAGGGAGUGUCUGGUCCACAGCAGGGGCCCCUCUCCCUGGCUCAUUGUCCCCCCCA